AUGAAUAAUCGUCUAGUACAGUUAAAUUCUCAUAUCACAUCCAAAAUGGCCUCCAAAUCAGAUAUUCACCUCUACACUAGCCAAACUCCUAACGGGAUCAAGAUCUCCAUCACCUUGGAAGAACUCGGGCUUUCAUAUGAGGUGCACAAGAUUGAUAUAUCCAAGAACACUCAGAAAGAGCCAUGGUUCCUCGAGAUUAACCCUAAUGGACGCAUUCCCGCUUUGACAGAUACGUUCACGGAUGGGAAGCAGAUUAAUUUAUUCGAAAGUGGUAGCAUCCAACAGUACCUUGUCGACAGAUAUGACACAGAGCACAAGAUCUCAUAUCCUAGAGGGACAAGAGAGUACUAUGAAGUCAACAACUGGCUCUUCUUCCUUAACGCUGGAGUGGGUCCUAUGCAAGGCCAAGCCAAUCACUUCAGCAAAUAUGCUCCUGAGAAGAUUGAGUAUGGUAUCAAUCGCUACUUAAAUGAGACCAGGCGUUUGUAUUCCGUCCUCAAUACUCAUCUCGAAAAGUCCACCUCUGGUUAUUUGGUUGGUGACAGAUGUACAAUCGCUGACAUUGCUCACUGGGGGUGGGUAACUGCGGCGUUUUAUUGUGGAGUUGACAUUGAAGAAUUUCCAGCUUUGAAGGCAUGGGACGAGAGAAUGGAGAAGAGACCAGCAGUAGAGAAAGGGCGCCACGUACCAGAACCACACAAUAUCGGAGCACUGAAGAAAGACCCUGAACGUGAAGCGAAGAUGAAGGCUGCAGCUGAAAAGAACAGAGAAUGGAUACAGGCUGGCAUGAAAAGUGAUGCCAAGAAGUAA